AGGUCUUCUAAUGAUGUUGGCUGAGUAGCAUAGAUGCUUUUCAAAUGACCCCAUAUAAAGAAAUCCAAAGGUGAUAAAUCUGGCGAUCUUGGGGGCCAUUCAAUGGCACCUCUUCUACCAAUCCAUCGAUCUGGAAACGUCUGAUCUAAAUAUUGUCGAACACGUAAUGCGUAAUGUGGUGGGGCACCAUCCUGUUGAAACAUCAACCUAUUCGCAAUGUACCGCCGAUCAUUCUGAUUUUCAAUUAUGGCUGUUAAUGCAGGAUCUAUGGCGUCUUCCAGUAAUUCCAAAUACAUUUCAUCAGUCAAAUUUCCAGAUUAAGGAAAAGCAAACAUGGCGAAGUACCUUCUAGAGACAUGCUGCUGCUGCGGGUCUUUAAGGACAGGCACAAUCACUGCAGGAAUUUGUGCUAUUCUGCUUUCCAUCAUAGGCAUAAUAGUGAUCUUCUGCGCACCAGUUGAUAUUAGGACCAUAGUUUUUGAUUGGCUACCAAAAUGGAUUGUACAAAUCAUUGUAGUACUCAAUCUCUGCAUGACCAUCAUCUUGUCAAUUGUCAUGAUUAUGGGAGUACUAAGGCGGAACUGGUACCUUAUGAUUCCAUGGGUUAUUCUUGGUGGCAUGUUGAUAUUUGGCAUUCUGGUUUCAAUUUUAUGGAAUGCAAUCAACUUCUAUAUCGAAGGUUUUCCUCUCAAUGCGACAUUAUGGUUAGUCUGUGGACUCAUAUCAUUCGUGUUAUACUGCUACAUGUGGUACGUAUCCUUCAGCUAUUUCGCCAACUUGAGGGAGGAGCACAACAAGGGAGCCUAUUCAAGGGAUCCGUUCAGGAGGCAACGAAUCUAAUUUUGUAAACGUUAUGCAUUUUCUGAUCAAGAUCACCUCUCAAGUCAACAAUAUCACUAAUACAAUGAUUUAGGUAUCAUAGUUACAGAGAAAUGACUCAGAACCGUUCGAAUUCGGUCAGUAGCCAAUCACAAGUAGCUAAGACAUCACGAGAACCAGAAAAACUAUCCUGUCUCUCGCCACGUUUAGCUUAUGCCCAUCGAUGAGGACUUGUGUUAUCGGGGAUCCAAGAAUAACAGUGAAUUUUGUUACCUAUAGGAAGGCGCUAAAGAAUAUAAUUUUUACAGUCGACUGGUUGAUAUACACUUUUGAGAGGUUAUCCUGGACAGGCUACUGUCAAUGAUCUUAUGAUUUCUAUGUACAUAGACAAAUCGUGAUUCUGUUAUAUACUCAUAACGUAGAAAGGAUCUUAAUUUAGCUAAUAAGUCUAUUUAACUCUAGCAAUUUUGGGUGCAAAUCGUACGCAAAAUAUUGAUGUUGUUAUAUGCUGAGCUCUCUUGAAGAUGGGUUGCAACUUUGACAGACAAAAGACUGUACGAAAUAUUCUCUAUACGCACUGUGUUAUACUUUCUACACAACUUAUCUAAAUUAUUUUUAAUAGAUUUGUUAAUUCACGUUCUAUUUUGUUGACAUGAUGCUGGCUUAGUGAGAAAUAACUUUUAUUUUUAGAUACAUUUUCGAUGUUGUUAAUUCAUGUUUACUUAUUUAUAAAUAAAAUGUGUAUCUUAGUGAUA